AUGGAGGGGCACGUUCCUUCCGCCGCUCUAGUGGGCGUAUCUAGGCUAGCAAACACAGGAAGCUUGCAAGUUCUGCUGGUGGGAGAGCUGCCCAUAGACAUGGGGCGCAUAUUCCGACAGUAUCUGAAUGGCCCGAGGAUUUAUUCAUGCAGCAACUGCAGGUGCCACUCAGCUGACCAUGAUGAGAUCAUCUCGAAGCAGUUUCAGGGCCGCUAUGGCCGUGCAUACCUCUUCAACUCCGUUGUUAACGUGACUCUUGGUCCUAAAGAAGACCGCCACUUGACUACUGGCCUACACACUGUAGCGGACAUCUACUGCAGCUGCUGCCAGCAAAUAUUGGGCUGGAAGUAUGAACAAGCGUACGACGAAAGUCAGAAGUAUAAAGAGGGAAAGUAUAUCAUAGAGAAAGCUAGGAUGAUGAAAGAGAAUUGGUGAGAGAUCAAGGCACUCUGUCUUAGCUCAACGGGGCAGGUUUUGUACAUACUGAGGGUGACCAUAAAGGUGGUGGAGCUGCACAAGCACAUGUAAAACUAGAUCAGUGACCAACAACUUUAAGCAGGCGAGGUUGCACAUUAGCAACCUCCAAAAGAUAACCAAUUGGGAAGGAAGAUUGACGGAGGUUCUGAGAUGCUUGCAGAAGAACGUGAGUUGCGUGCUCACAUCCUUACAACAUCUGGUUGUAACAACAAUUAGAACAAGGAUAGAUUUGUACGAUGAGAUGUAGUCGUGUAUUGUAAAUUGAAGAACGACGUUUGAUAAGGGUUAACGACUCGCUAGGGCCACGUCCUUUAGCAUUUCUUUGCGUGCAUGGUUAGGAUACAUUGCCAUGCUGGAUAUUUGAAGGAAUUUUGGCGAGUCAUGCAUCGAGUUGCCUUGAGAGGUUCUUUAUAUUAGAGGAUGGCUGCAUCUAACGAGUAGUACUCGAGUUUUGAUUUUCAAAAAAGAAACACAGUAUUCCCAAUCGAAACGAAUGGUAGUGAUCAGGGGGGCCGGGCAAGAGCCUGUAUAUGAUAUUAUCUUUUCAAACUUGAAAACACCGUAGCCA